AUGUCGACCACGGGUCCCAUAAGUAAUUAUUAUGUGGACUCCUUGAUCAACCAUGAGAACGAGGAUGUCCUUGCUGCUGCUCGCUUCUCCGCGCCCGGUUCGCACCCAGCCGGCCCUCGACCGACGUCCCUAGUCCCGGAGUGCUCCGACUACCCGUCCUGCAGCUUCGCACCCAAGGCGCCCGUCUUCUCCACCUCCUGGGCCCCCGUGCACUCCCAGUCAUCAGUGGUUUACCAUCCAUACAGUCACCAACCUCACAUAGGCACAGACUCGAGGUACGUGCGCUCAUGGCUGGAGCCGAUAUCAGGCGCAGUGACUUUCCAUGGCUACCCGGGCAGCGGCCGGCACUACGGGCUGAAGCCGGACGCUUUCCAGGAGCACCGAGCCGGGGAGUGCCUCGGCUCCGGCGGACGGACCUACGCGGACUAUCUGUACUGCUCGUCCACUGAGACGCGAGACAAGGCGCAGGCAAACAUACCCUCUCCCGAGUCGGAGCUCCUGGCUUCGGAGAAACUUAAAGACGAGAAGCCGGAGCUAGAUCCGAAUAACCCAGUGGCUAAUUGGAUACAUGCCCGCUCCACAAGGAAGAAGAGAUGCCCUUACACAAAGUACCAGACUCUCGAACUGGAAAAGGAGUUUUUAUUCAAUAUGUACCUGACUCGGGACCGCCGCUACGAGGUGGCCCGGGUCCUGAAUCUCACCGAGCGGCAGGUCAAAAUCUGGUUUCAGAACCGGCGGAUGAAGAUGAAGAAAAUGAACAAAGAAAGGAACGAUAGAAAGGAACAAUAA